UGCAAGUUUGAUCAUUUGAUUUCUUAUGAUGUAUUUCCUGCAGUAAAGUUGUGAAGUUUAUUGUGAUUCAAAGCAAUUUGGCUGAAAUAUCGUGAUCUAGUGGCAGCAAUGUAAUUUUGCAUCGUUAGUGCUUCUCUUCAAAACAAUACACCAUCUGAUCAUAACAUUGAGAAGAUAGAGAAAAUUAUUUCAACUCAUAAGUUAUGGGAUGCAGAUUAUCUACCUUUCAAUUCUCUCUCUUUGGUUGGGGAGCAAUAAAGAAGGUUCUUCCAUUGCACAGUUGGGGAGCAACAAUGAGGCCUAAAUUUGUGUUGUUUGGUUCAUCAAUUGUUCAAUACAGUUACUAUGAAGGUUGGGGAGCUACACUUUCUCACUUGUACGCUCGUAAGGCUGAUAUAGUUUUGAGGGGAUAUGCUGCUUGGAAUUCAAGGCAUGCUCUCCAAGUUUUGGAUAGAAUUUUUCCUAAGAAUGCCGCUGAACAACCAGCAUUGGUGAUUGUCUACUUUGGUGGUAAUGAUUCUUUUCGUCCACAUCCAAGUGGUCUUGGUCCUCAUGUACCAUUGGAGGAAUACAUAGAAAAUAUGAGGAAGAUUGCUAUCCAUAUAAUGAGCCUAUCACAGAAAACUCGUAUUAUAUUUCUCAGUAAUCCUCCAAUCAAUGAGGCACAAAUGAAGCAUCACAUUAAUGAAUUUGGGCAACCAAUAAGAACAAAUGAAGAUUGUGGAAUAUAUUCCGAUGCAUGUUUGGAUAUGUGUCGUGAGAUGAACAUAAAGGUCAUUGAUAUGUGGUCUGCAAUUCAGAAAAGAGAUGAUUGGAGAGAUGUUUGUUUCAUUGAUGGAGUUCAUCUAUCAAAUGAGGGGAGUGAAAUAGUAACAAAGGAAAUAUUGAAUGUAAUCAAAGAAGCAGAGUGGGAACCAAGUCUAUAUUGGAAGCUAAUGCCAACUGAAUUUGGAGAAGAUUCACCUUAUGAUAUAGUUUCUCUUGAUGGGAAGACAACUGUUAAUUACUCCAACGUGCCUUUCCCUGAAGAUGUAGACUGGCCUUGAUAUAUUGCGGGCAUUAUUUGGUCUCUUAUUCGUGAAUGAUUAGGUAUAUCUUCAGCCGAUCCGUCAUGUAUAUUGGGUCAUUUGAUUCAGUUUGUUUAGUUAGGAAGUUAUUCCAGAUCCCUUCAUUAUACUUUGUUGUUGGUUUGGUUCUCGAGCAUGUGGGUAAUUUGGAAAGAAAGGAACAAGAGGAUUUUUAAUCAAAAGGAAGAUCAUAUGUAUCAACUUUUGGACAAGGUUAAGUUAUUCUCUUUUUGGUGUUUGAAAGCAAAUAACCAUACUUUUGCUUUCAAUUAUCAUAGUCGGUGGCUCAACCCUUUUGCAUGGGUUUCACCUUAUAAUGUUUUCUUUCAAUGAAAUAGCUUUUCAAAUUAA